AUGGUUCCCGAGGAUGAGCUGGCUCACCCUGGCGACUUGUCGGUCAACAGCGUCGUUGGCAUCAGCGAUGCGUUCGCGAUGUCGGUGGAGGCAAGGCGAAGGGCGAUCACCUCUGCAAGUUUCAGCCUAAGAUCCAUCCGCGAAUCGGUUCGGACGAAGGAGCUAGUUGUAAGGCUGAUCGGGGAUGAUCGGCUUGCAUUGACCAUGGCGACCGCUGCAGAAAGGGAGAGGCAGCUGCAGCGCGCUCUUGGAGAGUGCGCUUUGAGUAGAUCCUGGAUUUUCACCCUCGGAGGGUGUUUAAUCGCCAUCCCUGUAGGUAUCAAGCGCAAGUCCCUGGGUCCGCUGGUGUUUUACGGCACCACGGGCGCCAUGGUGGACAUCAUUCAGGGCAUCAGCCUCUGCGAGAAGGAGCGAGAAGAGCUCAAGGCGUUCAUGGAGGAGAAGAAAGCGGCUAAGCAAGGAGGAGCGGAUGGGGCUGGUAGCGUCAGUGGAUCGGAAUCGAAGGAGGGAAGCGGAGUCCCACAAGAUAUCGCACAGACGUUAGGCGAUGAUGGUGGGUCGAGGUAG